GAACAGAGGACGCCGAUGAUCUCGAGAAAGCGCGGGAAAGCGAUUCCUCGUUUGUAUGGGACGCCAGCUCCAAUCUCUACUUCCACACUAGUACUGGAUUUUAUCAUGAUCCAAAUGCUGGAUGGUAUUACAGCAGUAGAGAUGGUCUCUAUUAUACAUUUGAGAAUGGAACCUACGUGCCAAUGACAUUUGAUAAGAUUCAGGAUGAAGGAUCUGAAUCUAGGAACCACACGAGUAUUGCUGGCAGUGAACCUGUUGAAAAUAAAAAAUGUGAAGAAGAACAUUUCAUGGGUGAUGGGCUUGAAAAUCAGCAACCACCAUCUGAAUGGUUAGAAGAGACAUUGAUUAAUAUUUAUUUAUCGGGUAACUCCAACUUGGGUUGUGGUGCUCAGAACUCAACAACUUUGCAAGGGAACGAAGAGGAGCAAAGUCUGAUCCCUUGUGGAGGACCUGCUGAUCAGUUUGCUUCAGAUGAAUUACCUGGUUGUCAUCAAGUUGAGCAAGUAGAAGAAGCAUGGAUCACCGAGGAUGAGCAAAAUGCCUUCACUAGUAUAUCCUCAGAGGAAGGUGCUUCACUAGCUGAAGAAACUUGGCAAGCUCAGUAUGGUCAGGUUGUACGGGUUGAGGAUGAAGGUGCACCUCGUUUCCCCAUUAUCGAUCUAUGGGAUUGGGAAUUGAUUGCAGAGACUCUUAAAAAAAGGCGCCAUGUUGCAAGGUUGUUUGGAAGGGUUACUCGAAAUUCCCAUAAGCUCCAUCAGUCAGCUCCUCGUGCUCUUUUGAAAACGGCACCUAUAUGUGAUGUUCAUCUCGACUUAGUUCGUGUUACAUCAGGAAAAGUGUACAAGUUGAGGACCCCUAGCAAACAUUAUUUGGACAAAUUAUCAGCAUACGAGUCUUCAAAUCCAACAAAGGAUUGGGGUUUUCCUGAUCUAUUUGUCAAUAUGCACAACAUUGAUUCAGUUGGUUUGAAUCAAACUUAUACCAACACUACAGAUGCAGUUAUGAGGGGAAAAUCUUCUGCUACUCUUGAUCUAGCGCCUCCAUUCCAAAAGUGUGGCAGUCUACCUUACAGAGAUAGAGCUGCUGAGAGAAGAGCUUUACAUGGUGGAUACAGCAUUGGCCCCGGGCAAAAGAACUUAGGUAGCAACUUGUAUGAAGAAGAGUGGACAUCACAAAAUUCUGAUCCUGCAGAAGCAGCAGCAGAAGCCAUGAACAUGACAUUUGGGAAGGGAAGUUAUGCUAGAAGAGUUAUAGAAAAGAUGGGCUGGAAAGAGGGAGAAGCUCUGGGGUGCACAAAUAAAGGCCUUUUAGAACCUCUUCAAGCUGUUCCUAACAAAGGCUAUGCUGGUUUGGGAUGGAACCAUACUCGUUGAAGCAGUUUGUACAUCUCUUGUAGCUAUCGCUAUCUCAGUUUAGUAAAAUUUGCAGCUAUACAAGUUUGAAAUAAUGUACUCAUGUAUUUCUUGAAUAUCUUCUUUAUGAGAUAUAAUAGAGAUCUUUCAAGGUACCAUUAUAUGCAGGUGAUCCUUAUGGCUAGUGCUAGGAGCUGCUGCUCUUGAGCUGUACUUGCUUCUACUUUAACAAGUCUUAGUGUUGUAAGCUCAGAACUUAAAAGGUCUAUUUUCUCAAUGGGAGAGGGGGCGAGGUAAAUUA